GACAGUGAGACGUCAAAAUUAUUUCAAAACCGCCAACUUUUGCUUUCUCAAGAAAAUUUUUAAUGAAAAAUCGGAAAAAUCAUGGCUUUGCGUGAAUUAAUUGAGCAGUGGAACACGGUGAUGCCAACCAGGAUCUCGGAGCAGCAGCUUCUAUCCCCAAAUGAGCUAUUCCUCAUGGAUUGUCUCACAAAUAUCUUUGCUAAGAUUAACAAAGCCGUCCCAAUUAAUCUCAAGGCUAAGGAUGAGGAGUUGUGUCGGCUGGCCAAGCUGGAUAUGUGCGCUGAUGUCAAUUCGCUGUACAAGUUGUCGGAUAAAAAGAAUGAAUUCUUCUAUUUUGACUUGAUUGAGCCAUCGCCAAAGAGGACGCUGCAUCUUCAGCAGAAUCUCCUCAAUUACGUCCUGUACUAUGACAUGGUCAAGGAUAAGGUGUUCAUGAAGAGCAAAGAAUCCGGGCAUCAUAUGGAGGAGCUCACAACACGUAGGCAGGAUUUGCAGACGCGCAUUGAGAAGAAGAAAAUCAUAAAUCGAAUGAAGGAGGAGGAAGAGCUGGCACUCAGGGUGGAAGACAAUGAGGUGGAUGGGAAGAUGAUGGCGGAGAAGAUGAAGCACAGCGGCAUCAAGCAAGGGUGGAACAUGUGGCAGGAGAAGGUGAAGCAACUGGAGGAGGAGAUCCGGAAAUUGGAUAUAAAGGUGCAAAUGAUGCAGAAUGAGCUUAUUCCUUAUGAUAAAAUUGAGAAGAUGCAGGAGGAUAUUGCCUACACGCAGAAGGAAACGGAAAAACUGAAGGCAACUAAUGAUUCAGACGUAGCCUCCAGUACCGCUGCAACAGCUACAAAUGAGAAAAUCCAUUUAUCCAUUAAGAAAACUGGGGAUCUCCUGCAGCAGCUGCGGGAUUUCAUCGAGAAGAAAACCCUCGAGAAGAACAUCUUUGCGGAUGCACAGAAGAUAAUCAAUGAGCUACAGUUGCAGCUGACAAGUGAGGCACAAGCUGUUGGUGAACUUCGGAAUAUCGAAGAAUCCGAAAAGAUUAAAAUUUCCCAAUCAAUGCAGAGGAACAAAGAACUCGUCAGGGAAUCUGUGAAGCUGCUCAAGGACAAGGAGGCAAAUUACAAAAAUCUCAAGGAUAAAUAUGCAGAGAAGAUGCAGAAACUCGCUGAACUCAAAGCUAAAGAGGAUGAUUUGAAAUACGAAAUUGAAGAAGGUGAAAUAGCUAUUCAGAAAAUUCUUAAACUUAUGGAUUAGAAUAGUCUGAGAGGGAUUUUCAAUAAAAUUUCUUUAUUUUUCAUUACAAAAAA